AUGGCAAUGGAAAUGAGGGAUGAUGGCAGCUGUAGCAGCCUGGGGCAGGGCAGCAGUGCCCAAGGCAGGACCCCACCCAUGAGCCACUACAUCACUCCAUCUGUCCCUCCACCUCCCAUUUUUUCCCAUCAUGACUGGAGCAGGCCUUGUCCCAUGGACAAGCACAGGCUCACACACUUUGGGUUUGUGUACUCACAGAGCAGAGGUGCUCAGACCAGCAUGACCUUCAGAAAGGAGCACAAAGACAGCAUUAAGGAGUCCAGGAAGACAAUGUGGGAGAAGAUUAAGAAGGUGUUGAGGAUUCGUAACAGUACCAUAAGAGAGAUGCUGGCAGAAGCACUGGGAACAUUCAUCCUCAUGGUUUUUGGCUUGUCCUCUGUGGCACAAGUGAUAUUGGGAAAAGGAAACAAUGGUCAGUAUCUGAGCAUCAAUUUGGCAUUUGGCAUUGGUGCUACCUUGGGCAUCUAUGCAGCUGGAGGAGUAUCUGGAGCUCAUCUGAAUGCUGCCAUCACCAUCACACAAUGCAUUUUAGGAAACAUCUCUGGGACAACGCUUGUAGCAUAUAUAAUCGGCCAGUUCCUGGGCUCCUUUAUAGCAGCAGCCACAGUCUUUGCUGUCUACUAUGAUGCUAUUUAUCACUACACCAAUGGGAGUCUUACAGUGUCAGGACCAACUGCCACAGCGAUGAUCUUCUCUACUUACCCUGCUCCCAAUGUAUCCUUGCAGGGAGCUUUCUUCACAGAGUUUACAGCAACAGUUAUGCUGAUCCUGGGUGUUCUGGUCAUCCAUGACGAGAAAAACAAUGCAGCCAUCAAAGGCAUUCAGCCCAUGCUCACGGGUAUGCUGGUCCUGGGCAUUGGUCUGGGAAUGGGGCUGAACACAGGCUAUGCCAUAAACCCUUCCAGGGACCUGCCCCCCCGCAUCUUCACAGCAAUUGCUGGCUGGGGAACAGAUGUCUUCACGGCUGACCACUCCUGGUGGUGGGUCCCAGUCGCAGCUCCAAUUCUGGGAUGUCUUGCUGGUGUUUUAAUCUACAAACUCUGCAUUGAUUUUCACAACCACCCUGCCCAUGAAACUGAACAUGAGAAAGAACAGACAGGCAUGGAGACUUCCAAAUUGUGA